CCAUUUAGAAAGCCAUACAGAGGGUGGAGAAUCUUACCAUUUUUAAAAUGGAAACUGCUUGGAAGUGUCUUUUACCUAUCUAUGGAGCAUGGCAUACAAGUGUGUUUUGCUUUUUGCCAAAGUCAUGUGUCCUUAGGCACACUUUUGUGCUUUUCUAUUGCUAACUACAUUUUGCCUGACACUGCUUUGUGAAUGCUAAGAAUGUGAAACCAGUGCCUAGCCUCCUGUAGUGCUCCUUCUACAUUUCUACAGAACUCACCUAGAGUCCUGAACGCUUUGAGGUCAAGAGUUAACAUUACCUGAGGCUCUGCCUAAGUGUCACUUCAGUGUCACUUUCAGUCUAGAAGAAAGUUUCAGAUGGCCUUGGUUCUAUUUAGGCUGUGCAAAUAGACAUGUAUGAGGUUUGGUUCUGGUUGGUGGUUGCUAGCCUAAGGUCACCUUGCUCAUUGGUGAGUUCAUUCAAACCCAAACAGUCACACCUGUGUCCUAUGCGCGGGUACUGCAGGCUUAGGUGGAGAAAAGCAGGGAUAGAAUUGGAACCCAAAGCCCAGAAUGGCAAGAGAGGAUGUGGGGGCUCCACCCGAUCACCUCUGGGUUCAUCAAGAGGGUAUCUACCGCGACGAAUACCAGCGCACAUGGGUGGCUGUCGUGGAAGAGGAGACAAGUCACCUAAGGGCACGAGUCCAGCAAGUUCAGGUUCCCUUAGGUGACGCAGCUAGGCCAAGUCACCUUCUUACCUCCCAACUACCUCUCAUGUGGCAACUCUACCCAGAGGAGCGCUACAUGGAUAACAACUCUCGCUUGUGGCAGAUACAGCAUCAUUUAAUGGUCAGGGGAGUACAGGAACUGUUGCUUAAGCUUUUGCCUGAUGAUUAACCUGGUGCUGGGAUUCUAGGAAGAUAUGCUCCUCUGUUCUGUUCAUUAUAUGGCAAUCACUUCAUCCACCACUGCAGUGCACCCACCCUUGGUUUGGGGGGAGGGAGUGGGUUGAAAAACUGCUCAAGAACACAGAAGUUUAGGAAGGGUCAUGAAGAAUACUGCAAAUGACACUGCAGAGAAGGGGUUACACAGGCAGAAAACGAGUCAAAAAAAGCACUUAGUCAUGACAUGUAACUUGAAAUUGACUCCUUUGGAAAUUGCCAUAGAACCUUUAAUGGACAUCACCGGCUGGAACUGGGAUCUCAUGAAUCCCACAAAAAUCAGCAUGUGCUACCGAACAGAUGCCAUGAUCACCAAGGACUUGGUACUGAUUUAGAGAGAAGAGAGCAGCUCCUAGCAGCAUCAACAUCUAUUUGUCGCUUAUUUGCCCUGCAGCAAAUUCACCUGUCUUUCCUUCUCCCAUCCUGUAAAUAUCCUAGGUUUUGUUCUAGUGUUUCCCAUCCCAGUACUGACCUAAUUUCGAUCUACUGAGAACUUAAGGAGUUCUGGGGGAAAAAAGGUUAUUUUGCAUUGAUGAAAUUAGCUACAAAGACUCCUAGGCCACCUUUCUGAAAUUGUAUUUUCAAAUUGUGAGAAGUUGCUGAUCAAAACUGUGGGCAUUUAAAUUCCUUCUCUGGUUACAGAUAUUUAAAAUAAGCUAGUUUCCAUAAAAGCUCAAAAAACCAUAUUAACUGCUUAACUGGCACCUUUCUCAGGAAGUAAUGGCACCAAAUAUUGAUGAUUGCUAGGAAAGGAAAGCAUGUGCUGCCUAUAAAGAAUUUACUGAGUUAAAGUAGUUGUAACAGUUUAUUAUAUAUGUUAAAGUAAGGUUUUAUGUUUUAAUACAAGCCUUGGGCAGGGAGUAGUGGCACAUACCUGUAUGGAGGCUGAGGCAACACUUGGGAAUAAUACAUAGUAGCUAUUAUUCCCAAGUGUUGCUUUCUUUUGUUUUUAAGAUGGAGGAGUUUUGCUUUGUUGCCCAAGCUCACCUUGAACUCCUGGGCUGAAGUGGUCCUUCUGCCUCAGGCACUAUUCUAUGCACUUUAUAUACUUGGUCACAUUUAGUCCUUCCAUCAAUGCUUUGAGGUAGGUAUGAUUCCCAUCCACAGAAGUAGUGAGGAAAAAUGAGAAGUUUAAUUACUUACUAAGGGUUUCUUUUUGUGAAUCAUGGAGCUGGGAAGUGGGCCUGGCAUGUUGGACUACAGUGUCAGUCCAACAUUGGUUUAUAAUAUUCAAAAUGGGUAAAUUGAAUUUAAGUUUUUUCAUACAAAGCUGUAUC